GGAUUGCUUGGGGAGAGUUGAGGUGAGCCUUGUGUUCCGACGCUUAAAAGGUCAUGGCUUCCGGUACCGUGGCUGCGGCUCCCAACUCCUGCUGCUUCCAUGUUUCUUCAGCAAAACCCAGAUUCCACUCCAUUCUGAUGAACCACCCUCCAAAAUCUUCUCUUAGGAUGAGAGCUCAGGGGCUGGGAAUCUCUGAAACCUUCUCCGAUUUAAGAAGACAAGGAAGAGUUGCAUUUAUACCGUACAUCACUGCUGGUGAUCCUGAUCUAUCGACAACAGCAAAAGCCCUGAAGCUACUGGACUCUUGUGGUGCUGAUAUAAUCGAGUUGGGGUUGCCAUACAAUAAUCCUAUUUUGGAUGGUCCUGUGAUACAGGCAUCAAACAAAAGAGCCUUGGCUGGCAAGACAAACAUGGAAGCAGUCAUCUCCAUGUUAAAGGAGGUGGUUCCACAAAUCUCUUGUCCGAUUGUAAUGUUCUCAUAUUACAAUCUAAUACUGGCCCGCAGAAGUGAAUGGUUCUUGUCUGCAUUGGAAGAUGCUGGUGUCAAAGGGCUUAUUGUGCCAGACCUUCCAUUUGAAGAGAGUGCUGAUUUGAAGAGAGAAGCUGCCAAGAAAAAUGUUGAUAUGGUUUUGCUCACUACACCUACUGCCACAAAAAAGAAAAUGAAGGCCAUUUCUGAUGCUUCCGAAGGAUUCAUAUACCUCGCAAGUUCUGCUGGAGUUACUGGUGUAAGAGACACUGUGAAUAGACAAGUCCAGUUUCUUCUCAAGGAAAUCAAAGAGAAAACUGCAAAGCCUGUUGCGGUUGGCUUUGGCAUAUCAAAACCAGAGCAUGUUAAACAGCUUUCAUUGUGGGGAGCUGAUGGUGUUAUCGUCGGAAGCGCAAUUGUUAAGCUGUUAGGGGAAGCUAAUUCCACAGAAGAUGGAUUAAAGCAUGUGGAAUCCUUUGUGGCCUCUUUAACAGCAGCGCUUCCUCAUGGGGAUCAUGGACUUGGAGAAGAACAUGCUUCUUCCUUCAUCUUGCAACAGAGGAGAUAAUUGUGGCAAGUACCGCGAUCUGCAUCUUCCUCAUCUCUGCAUAGGCAUCACUGAGGACGUCAGAAACUAGUCAACAUUCCCAUCCACUUGUGGUCACUGUAGAUUGAUGAAUGAGUGCUAAUAUCCAAGUCUAAAGUAAAAAUAUUAUGAAUAUUAUUUCAUUUUGAGC